AUGACGGGAGAUCCCUCUUACUUCACCAUCCUCGACGAGACAAUCACUGGCAAAGUUAAGUUUGGUGAUGACUCUCGCAUUGACAUAAAGGGAAAGGGAUCCAUUAGUUUUGUCUUCAAGAAUGGCGUGAAGAAAACCAUGUCAAACGUGUAUUUUAUACCGGCUCUCCGAAGCAACAUCAUAAGCUUGGGUCAAGCUACGGAAGCGGGCUGUGAAGUCAGUAUGAAGGAGGAUAUUUUGUGUAUUUAUGAUCGUGAAGGGAGGCUAUUGAUCAGGAGAAACAGAGGAAGAAAUCGUCUCUACAAAGUUCUUUUGGAACCUGAAAGUACUUCGUGCUUGCAAGUGAUAACGUCGAAUGAAUCAAGCAAGUGGCACGCGAGGCUAGGUCAUAUUAACUUCGACAAUAUAAAGCUGAUGGUUGACAAGGAACUUGUCACAGGAAUACCAAAGAUAUCAAUCACGAAGAACACAUGUGUUUCCUGUUUACUUGGGAAACAAACAAGGAGACCUUUUCCCCAAGAAACUGGCAUCUCUAUUAAGACCUUCCGAACUGAUCAUGGAGGAGAAUUCACCUCGAACGAGUUUAAUAACUUCUGCGAAGAGAAUGGGAUUCAGAGACACUUGACAGCGCCAUACUCUCCUCAGCAAAAUGGAGUGGUUGAGAGACGCAACAGGACGAUACUAGAGAUGACGAGGAGUAUACUCAAGCAUAUGAGUGUUCUGAAUUAUAUGUGGGGAGAAGCUGUGAGGCAUGUCACUUAUCUCAUCAACCGCUCUGCAACAAGAACUCUGGCAUCUAAGACUCCAUAUGAGAUUUUUAAAGGGAGUAAGCCGAACAUCUCACACCUGAGGGUAUUUGGUUGCAUUGGAUAUGCUAGAGUAUCAGCUCCUCACAAGAAGAAACUGGACGAUAGGUCAAGAGCUUUGGUACACCUUGGAACAGAACCAUGA